AUGUUAUAUUUGUUUGUGACAGUAUAUGAAAAUGGAAAAUCUUUAGUAAAAUCAUCAGUAGUUAGUAUUGAAGAGUUCAGAAAUUUUGAAGAUUUAUUAAAAACAGCACUAUAUCGAAAAGAACUGUUUUUUGAAGAAAUGUUAGUUAAAAUUGAUUUUCAAUGUAAUGAUUCUUCAGUUUGGUAUCCUAUAUUAAGUGGCCUUGAUGAAGAUUUGGAAGUGUGUUCUCAAUUGAAG